AUGUCCGAUGAUGGUCAAUUCUUCAAAGGUGCUAAAGCUGAAACAUUCGCUGAGGAUGGAGCUGGUGAUGGAUACGCUACAGCUGGUGCAGUUGGCUUCAAAGAUAUGAUGACCGAUGAUGAUCAAUUCUUCAGUGGUGCUUCUGCCGAAGGAUUCAAGAUCAGUGCUGUUGGUGAUGAAUAUGGUACAGCUGGUGGAGUUGGCUUCGGAGAUAUGAUAACCGAUGAUGGUCAAUUCUUCAGUGGUAAUUCAGCCGAAGGAUUCAAGAUCAGUGCUGCUGGUGAUGAAUAUGGUACAGCUGGUGGAGUUGGCUUCGAAGAUAUGAUGUCCGAUGAUGAUCAAUUAUUCAGUGGUAAUUCAGCCGAAGGAUUCAAGAUCAUUGCUGCUGCUGAUGAAUAUGGUACAGCUGGUGAAGUUGGCUUCGGAGAAGCCGAAGGAUUCAAGAUCAGUGCUGCUGGUGAUGAAUAUGGUAUAGCUGGUGGAGUUGGGUUCGAAGAUAUGAUGUCCGAUGAUGGUCAAUUCUUUAAAGGUGGUUCUACUGAAACAUUCGCUGAGGAUGGAGCUGGUGAUGGAUACGCUACAGCUGGUGCAGUUGGCUUCGAAGAUAUGAUGUCCGAUGAUGGUCAAUUCGUCAGUGGUAAUUCAGCCGAAGGAUUCAAGAUCAGUGCUGCUGGUAAUGAAUAUGGAACAGCUGGUCGAGUUGGCUUCGGAGAUAUGAUGUCCGAUGAUGGUCAAUUCUUCAAAGGUGCUUCUGCUGAAACAUUCAUAGAAGAUGGAGCUGGUGAUGGAUACGCUACAGCUGGUGGAGUUAGCUUCGAAGAUAUGAUGUCUGAUGAUGAUCAAUUCUUCAGUGGUGCUUCUGCCGAAGGAUUCAAGAUCAGUGCUGCUGGUGAUGAAUAUGGUACAGCUGGUGGAGUUGGCUUCGGAGAUAUGAUAACCGAUGAUGGUCAAUUCGUCAGUGGUAAUUCAGCCGAAGGAUUCAAGAUCAGUGCUGCUGGUGAUGAAUAUGGUACAGCUGGUGGAGUUGGCUUCGGAGAUAUGAUGUCCGAUGAUGGUCAAUUCUAUAGUGGUGCUUCUGCUGAAAUAUUCACUGAGGAUGGAGCUGGUGAUGGAUACGCUACAACUGGUGCAGUUGGCUUCGAAGAUAUGAUGUCCGAUGAUGAUCAAUUCUUCAGUGGUGCUUCUGCCGAAAGAUUCAAGAUCAGUACUGCUGGUGAUGAAUAUGGUACAGCUGGUGGAGUUGGCUUCGGAGAUAUGAUGUCCGAUGAUGGUCAAUUCUUCAAAGGUGCUUCUGCUGAAACAUUCGUUGAGGAUGGAGCUGUUGAUGGAUACGCUGCAGCUGGUGCAGUUGGCUUCAGAGAUAUGAUAACUGAUGAUAGUCAAUACGUCAAUGGUAAUUCAGCCGAAGGAUUCAAGAUCAGUGCUGCUGGUGAUGAAUAUGGUACAGCUGGUGGAGUUGGCUUCGGAAAUAUGAUAUCCAAUGAUGGUCAAUUCUUCAAAGGUGCUUCUGCUAAAACAUUCAUAGAGGAUGGAGCUGGUGAUGGAUACGCUACAGCUGGUGGAGUUAGCUUCGAAGAUAUGAUGUCCGAUGAUGAUCAAUUCUUCAGUGGUGCUUCUGCCGAAGGAUUCAAGAUCAGUGCUGCUGGUGAUGAAUUUGGUACAGCUGGUGGAGUUGGCUUCGGAGAUAUGAUAACCGAUGAUGGUCAAUUCGUCAGUGGUAAUUCAGCUGAAGGAUUCAAGAUCAGUGCUGCUGGUGAUGAAUAUGGUACAGCUGGUGGAGUUGGCUUCGGAGAUAUGAUGUCCGAUGAUGGUCAAUUCUAUAGUGGUGCUUCUGCUGAAUUAUUCACUGAGGAUGGAGCUGGUGAUGAAUACGCUACAGCUGGUGGAGUUGGCUUCGGAAAUAUGAUGUCCGAUGAUGGUCAAUUCUUCAAAGGUGCUUCUGCUAAAACAUUCGCUGAGGAUGGAGCUGGUGAUGGAUACGCUACAGCUGGUGUAGUUGGCUUCGAAGAUAUGAUGUCCGAUGAUGAUCAAUACUUCAGUGGUGCUUCUGCCGAAAGAUUUAAGAUCAGUACUGCUGGUGAUGAAUAUGGUACAGCUGGUGGAGUUGGCUUCGGAGAUAUGAUUACCGAUGAUGGUCAAUUCGUCAGUGGUAAUUCAGCCGAAGGAUUCAAGAUCAGUGCUGCUGGUGAUGAAUAUGGUACAGCUGGUGGAGUUGGAUUCGGAGAUAUGAUAACCGAUGAUGGUCAAUUUGUCAGUGGUAAUUCAGCCGAAGGAUUCAAGAUCAGUGCUGCUGGUGAUGAAUAUGGUACAGCUGGUGGAGUUGGCUUCGGAGAUUUGAUGUCCGAUGAUGGUCAAUUCUUUAGUGUUGCUUCUGCUGAAAUAUUCACUGAGGAUGGAGCUGGUGAUGGAUACGCUACGGCUAGUGGAGUCGACUUCGGAGAUAUGAUGUCCGAUCAUGAUCAAUUCGUCAGUGGUAAUUCAGCCGAAGGAUUCAAGAUCAGUGCUGCUGGUGAUGAAUAUGGUACAGCUGUUGGAGUUGGCUUCGGAGAUAUGAUGUCCGAUGAUGGUCAAUUUUAUAGUGGUGCUUCUGCUGAAAUAUUCACUGAGGAUGGAGCUGGUGAUGGAUUCGCUACAGCUGGUGGAGUUGGCUUCAGAAAUAUGAUGUCCGAUGAUGGUCAAUUCUUCAAAGGUGCUUCUGCUGAAACAUUCGCUGAGGAUGGAGCUGGUGAUGAAUACGCUACAGCUGGUGCGGUUGGCUUCGAAGAUAUGAUGUCCGAUGAUGAUCAAUUCUUCAGUGGUGCUUCUGCCGAAGGAUUCAAGAUCAGUGCUGCUGGUGAUGAAUAUGGUACAGCUGGUGGAGUUGGCUUCGGAGAUAUGAUAACUGAUGAUGGUCAAUUCGUCAGUGGUAAUUCAGCCGAAGGAUUCAAGAUCAGUGCUGCUGGUGAUGAAUAUGGUACAUCUGGUGUAGUUGGCUUCGGAGAUAUGAUGUCCGAUGAUGGUCAAUUCUUUAGUGGUAAUUCAGCCGAAGGAUUCAAGAUCAGUGCUGCUGGUAAUGAAUAUGGUACAGCUGGUGGAGUUGGCUACGGAGAUAUGAUGUCCGAUGAUGGUCAAUUCUUCAAAGGUGCUUCUGCUGAAACAUUUACUGAGGAUGGAGCUGGUGAUGGAUACGCUACAGCUAGUGGAGUCGACUUCGGAGAUAUGAUGUCCGAUCAUGAUCAAUUCGUCAGUGGUAAUUCAGCGGAAGGAUUCAAGAUCAGUGCUGCUGGUGAUGAAUAUGGUACAGCUGUUGGAGUUGGCUUCGGAGAUAUGAUGUCCGAUGAUGGUCAAUUCUUCAGUGGUGCUUCUGCCAAAGGAUUCAAGAUCAGUGCUGCUGGUGAUGAAUAUGGUACAGCUGGUGGAGUUGGCUUCGAAGAUAUGAUGUCUGAUGAUGGUCAAUUCUUCAAAAGUGCUUCUGCUGAAACAUUCGCUAAGGAUGGAGCUGGUGAUGGAUACGCUACAGCUGGUGCAGUUGGCUUCGAAGAUAUGAUGUCCGAUGAUGAUCAAUUCUUCAGUGGUGCUUCUGCCGAAGGAUUCAAGAUCAGUGCUGCUGGUGAUGAAUAUGGUACAGUUGGUGGAGUUGGCUUCGGAGAUAUGAUUACCGAUGAUGGUCAAUUCGUCAGUGGUAAUUCAGCCGAAGGAUUCAAGAUCAGUGCUGCUGGUGAUGAAUAUGGUACAUCUGGUGUAGUUGGCUUCGGAGAUAUGAUGUCCGAUGAUGGUCAAUUCUUCAGUGGUAAUUCAGCCGAAGGAUUCAAGAUCAGUGCUGCUGGUAAUGAAUAUGGUACAGCUGGUGGAAUUAGCUACGGAGAUAUGAUGCCCGAUGAUGGUCAAUUCUUUAAAGGUGCUUCUGCUGAAACAUUCACUGAGGAUGGAGCUGGUGAUGGAUACGCUACGGCUAGUGGAGUCGACUUCGGAGAUAUGAUGUCCGAUCAUGAUCAAUUCGUCAGUGGUAAUUCAGCCGAAGGAUUCAAGAUCAGUGCUGCUGGUGAUGAAUAUGGUACAGCUGUUGGAGUUGGCUUCGGAGAUAUGAUGUCCGAUGAUGGUCAAUUUUAUAGUGGUGAUUCUGCUGAAAUAUUCACUGAGGAUAGAGCUGGUGAUGGAUACGCUACAGCUAGUGGAGUUGGCUUUGGAAAUAUGAUGUCUGAUGAUGGUCAAUUCUUCAAAGGUGCUUCUGCUGAAACAUUCGCUGAGGAUGGAGCUGGUGAUGAAUACGCUACAGCUGGUGCAGUUGGCUUCGAAGAUAUGAUGUCCGAUGAUGAUCAAUUCUUCAGUGGUGCUUCUGCCGAAGGAUUCAAGAUCAGUGCUGCUGGUGAUGAAUAUGGUACAGCUGGUGGAGUUGGCUUCGGAGAUAUAAUUACCGAUGAUGGUCAAUUCGUCAGUGGUAAUUCAGCCGAAGGCUUCAAGAUCAGUGCUGCUGGUGAUGAAUAUGGUACAGCUGGUGGAGUUGGCUUCGGAGAUAUGAUAACCGAUGAUGGUCAAUUCGUCAGUGGUAAUUCAGCCGAAGGAUUCAAGAUCAGUGCUGCUGGUGAUGAAUAUGGUACAGCUGGUGGAGUUGGCUUCGGAGAUAUGAUGUCCUAUGAUGGUCAAUUCUAUAGUGGUGCUUCUGCUGAAAUAUUCACUGAGGAUGGAGCUGGUGAUGGAUACGCUACAGCUGGUGGAGUUAGCUCCGAAGAUAUGAAGUCCGAUGAUGAUCAAUUCUUCAGUGGUGCUUCUGCCGAAGGAUUCAAGAUCAGUGCUGCUGGUGAUGAAUAUGGAACAGCUGGUGGAGUUGGUUUCGGAGAUAUGAUGUCCGAUGAUGGUCAAUUCUAUAGUGGUGCUUCUGCUGAAAUAUUCACUGAGGAUAUAGCUGGUGAUGGAUACGUUACAGCUGGUGGAGUUGGCUUCGGAGAUAUGAUGUCCGAUGAUGGUCAAUUCUUCAAAGGUGCUUCUGCUGAAACAUUCGCUGAGGAUGGAGCUGGUGAUGAAUACGCUACAGCUGGUGCAGUUGGCUUCGAAGAUAUGAUGUCCGAUGAUGAUCAAUUCUUCAGUGGUGCUUCUGCCGAAGGAUUCAAGAUCAGUGCUGCUGGUGAUGAAUAUGGUACAUCUGGUGUAGUUGGCUUCGGAGAUAUAAUUACCGAUGAUGGUCAAUUCUUCAGUGGUAAUUCAGCCGAAGGAUUCAAGAUCAGUGCUGCUGGUAAUGAAUAUGGUACAGCUGGUGGAAUUAGCUACGGAGAUAUAAUGCCCGAUGAUGGUCAAUUCGUCAGUGGUAAUUCAACCGAAGGAUUCAAGAUCAGUGCUGCUGGUGAUGAAUAUGGUACAGCUGGUGGAGUUGGCUUCGGAGAUAUGAUGUCCGAUGAUGGUCAAUUCUAUAGUGGUGCUUCUGCUGAAAUAUUCACUGAGGAUUGA